GUUACAAUGGCGAGUUCGCCCAAUUAUUACCACCAGGAGCAGUUACUACUACACCGGCACUACAACAACGAAAAUGACCGACGCGCCGGGGACACGGCUACGAGGAGAAGAACGACGACGGUCGCGGCGGCUAGGACGGUGGUAACAACAACAACAACAGCAGCAGCGGCGCCAGGAUUAUUACCAGCAGCGGCAGUAUCGUCGUCAACGGUUAGAAGCGGACACGCGACGACGGAGCUGGCACAGCGCGAGAUCCCGGUCGAUCAGCACCCCCCGGCACGGCUCGAGCGGGCGCUUAACGUUACACAGCCUUGCAAUGUGCGCGACGCCGCCGUCAGCAGUGGCGGCGGCGGCGACGGCGACCACAACAACAGCAGCAGCAGCGCGCGCGAGCCGGCGGUUUGCUCCACGCAGCGCGAGACGGUUGCCCCCGCGGGGCGCGAGGUCUCCGCGGCGCGAGGGGCGGCCAGCACCACCGCGACCGCCACCACCUCGACCACCAUGGACUGUCACGAGGACGUGAGGAAAUACGGCUACAUGAGGAAGCAAAAGCACGGCCACAAGCGCUUCUUCGUGCUGAGGGGGCAGAGCCACUUGGGUCCGGCCAGGCUCGAGUACUACGACAGCGAGAAAAAAUGGAGAAACCGAUCGACCGCCCCCAAAAGGGUCAUCCUGCUCUGUCAGUGCUUUACGGUCAGUAGGCGAGCUGAUGCCAAAAGUAAAUACCUCGUAGCUCUGUACACAAAAGAUGAGUACUUCGCCAUGGUGGCAGAGAAUGACCAGGAACAAGAGAGCUGGUAUUUGGCCAUAAGUGAACUAAUGAAUGAAGGGAAGAAGGUACCGCUGGAGCCCGACGAAGUGGAGAACUAUGGUAAUUUAACUCCAGGCACCGUUUUCAAAGAAGUGUGGCAGAUUAAUGUGAAGCCCAAAGGGCUGGGGCAAACCAAGAACCUGACGGGGGUGUACAGGUUGUGUCUUUCCAGCAAGAUGAUUCAUUUUGUUAAAAUCAAUUCUGACGUGCCUUCCGUGCAUUUGCAGCUGAUGAACAUCAGGAGGUGUGGUCACUCUGAGAACUUUUUCUUUAUUGAGGUUGGCCGUUCUGCCUCUAUUGGCCCUGGUGAGUUGUGGAUGCAGGUAGACGAUUCAGUGGUGGCUCAAAACAUGCAUGAGACGAUUUUAGAGACAAUGAGAGCUUUGAAAGCUUUUACUGAGUUUCGUCCCAGAAGUAAAAGUCAAUCCUCUGGGACAAACCCCAUAUCAUUUUUGACUCGAAGGCAUCUUGGUAAUUUACCGCCAAGUCAGACUGGAUUGCAAAGGCGUUCCAGGACUGAGAGCAUGACUAGUGCCUCGGCCUCAAGGAGUGAAGCAUAUCGUUUUCGAACAUCCAGUGAAGGUGAAGGUACCAUGACACGACCCUUUGGAUCUGUUACUGGAAGUUUAAUCCACCUAAAUUCUGCAAGGAUGGGCUUAAGCAGGGGUGACGGAGGUGGAAGGUAUGUAAAGCCGCCUUUUGGUCCCUCGAACCAUAGUCGAUCAGUAUCUCUGCCUGUGACAUACCUACCAUCUACGACAAGCCCUGUAAGUGUUUCUUCCAGCAGUGGACAUGGUUCUGCAUCUGAUCCUCUUACACGACCAUCUAGUUCAUCCAUUUGUGGUUCUCCAAGUGAUGGUGGAUUUAUUUCCUCUGAUGAAUAUGGAUCAAGUCCUGGGGACUUUAGAUAUUUCCGUGUACGGAGUAAUACACCAGAUUCACUUGGUAAUACACCACCUAUUCAAGAAGAAAAUUGCUUGUGUGAUUAUAUCUCAAUGGACAAACAUAUAAAUGCUGUAAAUUACGAAGGCAGAUCCAGAGAUGAUUAUGUAGUUGCUGAGAAAGGGUACAGAAAGAGAACCCACUCUCUGACCAGUUCCGGUGCUGUGGUAAUGCAUCAAAAAACAACACAAACGACUUCGUCUUUAGAUGAGUCUAAUGUUGAUUCAAAUCGUGUGGUUAUUAACAGCCAGUUAUCCUGUUCUGCAUCACCAAAGUUGACCUCUAAUUCUUACCACAAAGAUUGUAGUGACAUUGAGAUUGGGACAUCAGUAAACCAAAGCCAAAACAAAGCAAGAGGUGAUGGUUAUAUGCCAAUGAUGCCUGGUGUUGCAUCUGCUAGCCAUAAUAGAAGCCAAGAUUAUAUGCCAAUGAAUCUUAAAAGCAUUUCUGGUCCGAAACAAAUUAGUUCUUUGUCACCAAGUCAAAUGGACUCCAGGGGAUACAUGGUGAUGUCCCCCAGUGAUAGCAGUUCUCCAGUGCGAUGCAUGUUUACAGAGUACAGUUCAAAACUAGGGAGCAACAAUGAAAAAUUAUCUAGUGAAUACAUGGAUAUGUCCCAGAAAAACCUGAAUACACAAAAAUUAUCCAAUGAUGGCUUCUAUAACCUCAAUAGCCCUGAUGCUCCUAAAUCCUACAGCUCGUAUUAUUCAUUGCCUCGAUCAUUCAAAACUCCCUCAGAGGAAAAUGGUGAACAUGAUGAGUAUGUUCCUAUGUGUUCGCCAGGAAAGUUGAUAUAUGGAGAAACAUCAGUGUUUACUGGCAGUGUUGGUAACAGUGAUUUAGUUCAUGAUACUUCUCAAUCUCCAAGGACACAAAACCAAGAUGAGCGUGUUUUCCAAAAAGGAAAAGUUGAGAGACCCACGAGAUUGUCCCUUGGCACGCCAGAAGUAAACACUUCACCAAAACUGUUUGAGCAUAGUUUGCUGCCAGAGCCAAAAAGUCCAGGAGAAUACAUCAACAUUGCUUUUAAUGAAAAAGCUAGUAAUACACCAUAUUCUCUAUCAGCCGAAGGAUCCCCAUCUUCACUUGGCUCCAGUAGUGAACAUAGACGGUCGCCGUUGUCAGACUACAUGAGUGUUGAUUUAGAUGUACUGUCACCAAAGCCAGCUAUUCUUUCCUCAAAUCCUUUGACUAGUAUGACCAUUGCUUCAGGUUCUAGUAUAACCAGAAGCCAGCCAAAUGAUGCUUACAUCAGUGUUCCUCUUGGUGCCACAUGUGUCAACACGCCUGCUGUGAUGGAUGAUUACACAGAAAUGACAUUUAAUUUGGCAGUAACAGCCUCUCAUCCUACUUCACCAAAGUCAGACAAUGUAGAGGUGACCAGUCCUACAGCCAUUGUGAAGAGGUUGUGCAUUAUUGAUCAAUAUCCCAAUAUAAAUACAUUUCCUAUCUCUAAACCUCCUGAUGCCAAUCAUGGUCCGAAGGUAAUCCGUGCUGAUCCACAGGGAAGAAGGCGGCACAGCUCAGAGACAUUCUCAUCUACACCCACAAUGGCACCCUCUUCUCCUUUUUUUGCUGAUGGUGGCAAAAGGCAUAGUUCUGCUUCAUUUGAUAACGUUUGGCUUAAGCCAAAUGACUGCCUUAGUGAUGAGCAUCGGAGUACCAUGUGCAGAAAUACAUCUGCUGGAUUUCAGAAUGGAUUGAACUAUAUUGCGUUGGACUUGAGGGAAGAUCACGGAUGUUGUGAAUCAAAUGGAAGUGUGCAGACUUCAGAUCACCUCCAAGUUGCCAGCAGCACAGACUCUCGAGGUUACGCCAGCAUAGACUUUACCAAAUCAGAUGGACUGAACUAUGCAUCUGCAACUGAAGACUAAAUACAUCAACGUGGUUUAAAUCCGUGUCCACAGAGGAAAGGGCUGAAUGCACCUUUUUUCCAUGGUACCUACCAUGCAGUUUUAGAACUCGCUAGAUGGAAUUGGUACUGUCUGAAACAGUCACCUUAUUGCAAGAAUACACACAGACCUACUUCCCGUGAGGACCAGUGGGAAAAGCCAACAUGAAUCUCAACAGAAACACAAAUUGCUGCCUUUUUGGUACUUCCUUCAACAAAGACACCACUUCCUGCAAGUUUCAGCUGAGCAAAAAAGAAAAAGAGCCAUAGCUAAAGUGAACCAAUUUACUGAAGUGUUUUCAAUUCAGUUGCAUGUAAACAAGUAACAUUUAAAUGUUUUUUCCAGUACAGCUGUUCAUAAAAAUAUCUGCUAAAAAUCAUCUUUAAAAUGUUCCCCAGGUCAAACAAUGAGCUUUUAUUUUGACUAGUGCUAUAAAGGUAAUCAAUUGGUGUCACUGCUACCCAACCCUGAUGGAGCAUGAAAAGUGUUUCACAAGUGGUUUGUAUACAAUGUUGCAACCAAUCACGGAACAUCUCUGUCCCAUGGCAUACUUUUAAAUAUAUCCUGUUUCGCUCUGUAUCCAGAUUGAAGUAUUUUGAAGUGGUAGCAAUUUUAAAAUUAACCCUUACAAAGGACUAGUGGGUUUACUAGUCCUUUAAAUACCUGUAUUGCACAUUGGUUUUCCAAAUGUGGGGUAAUUGAGCAGAGCCCUGGAGCAUUUAACCAGCUUUUGAGAAGGGUGUACAUAGUCCAUUGCAUUCUUUAACUUGUGGUAAGUUUCAAGCGGUCAUGUUACAAUUGUGAGGCCAGCAGCCAAGUUGGCCAAAUUGUGAAACCUCUAGUGUGAAUACAGCAUAGGCUGACAUAAAGUUUACAUUUUUACAGGCCAGUUACCGUCUCCACAAGGUUUCAAAUGACAAAAAGUAUUGGUAUUCAAGUUUCAUUUAUUAAAUAUUUUGACACGUUCACUGCCGGUUAUGCCUUGGUGAACUUCAUUUUACAAGAUACUUAUUUUCUGUUUAAGAAGCUACUUCAUUUUGCAUUAAAAACCAAGUUUGUUGGGUCCUGAUCUACAUUAUGUAAAUGCAAAUGAAAAUCCACUUUGUGUUCCCAACUACCCAGCACCUCACAGGUAGAACUUAUCCUGACUUGGAUAUACAAAUUUUAUUCUCCCAGAAGUGAUCAUUUGAACAUGGCUUUAAAGUUUGAACAUUAACGAUUAGUGUUCGUUGGAGUUGUCCUUUGUAGGGUUAAUUAACUUUUGUGACACAUUGUAUUUGUGAUUUCAUUGAUACAUCUCCAUGUCCUCUUCUGCUCAGCUGCAGAGUGAACGAUGCCAAAAAUCCAUCAAUAUGAUUUUUCUUUUCCAUGUCCCCUUCAUUCUGUUUGCCCACAAUGUACAUCUCAAAGACUAAAUUCGAUCUGUGUGAGAGAUGCCAUUUUUGUUUUUUUGUCAGAAACAGUAGCUAGCCAUUUUAAAGGUGCAUUUUCUUUUACAUUGGGUGUAGUUUUGGGCAGCUGAAGCUGCAGAAAAUACUUCUGUAUGUUUAAAACUAAAAGAUGUGAGAAGACUUGAGCAUUUAUUUGUAUGUAUUCUGAGAAAGGAAUAGUACAGAUUAAGUACUUGUGCACAAUGGACUAUAUUUAUUCUAGAUAAGGGAAAUUAAUUUUGGCUGCAAGUAAAAUUUCACCCAAAUUCUGUUGUAGCUUUCAAAUACCGCUUAAGAAAGCACAUCAGCAGUGCCCAAGUUUAAUUGAAACACAAGUUAAGUGGACUGUUCUGAAUUGAAUCGUAAAUGAUGUGCUAUGUCCAAUACAGAAAAUCCCACUUUUUAAAACCUGUGUUUUUCAGAAGGUACUAGAUGUUGCUUAUUUGGUUCAUAACUUGUAAAAUAUUUCAUGUCACAUUUAAUAGAUCUAUUUUGAGUUAAUGACUUAAAAAUUGUUUUCCUAUCACUCAUGCUCCUGUAUCAUUGAGACAUGAUGAUUAUUUCUAUGAAGAUCAUGGAGUACGGUGCUGCCCUUAAGUAGUGUGUUGAACUAUAAGGAAAUAUGAAAUCCCCUGGCUGCUUUUCAAAGGUACGCUAGUGUUCAUAUGUAAGCAAUCAGUAAAGCUCCCACCAAGUACAAGUUAAUCCAUGCUGUUGGGUGUAGUAUUCAUUUUGCACCGUUAUUUGUAAACUUCUAGUUUAUAUGUACAAAAAUCAUGCAGCAUUUUAAGUGUGGUUUCUGUAAAAUUGUAUGAAAACUUUGAAAAUCAAAUUAAUCCAAGUUCUCAAAAGCUACAGGGCUAGAUGUUAACAGAGCCAGUCUGUUUCCAAAGGGUUUUAAAAUGGUGGAUGGGACAUUUUAGAUAUUCUCAGUCUGGUAGUUUUAUUGGUACAGGAUUCACUACCAACCUUGACUGGCUGCAUUGAAAGCAUAGACAUUUUUCUCAUCCUCCUCCACCCCAGCCGACACGUUUGAAAUUUUUUCCAUGAAGUUGGGCUAGUUUCUCAAGGACAUAUGGUUCUCGGCCCGUUAGUGGAACUGUUAAACCAUAAUCUGGAUUCUGGAAUUGUUUUGAAAGGUAUGAUUUGAAGGUCUUACCCAUGUUUCCUCUGCAUUCUGCACACUCAUCUGGAAAAAUGGAUUCCUGGCCAUUUGUUCAUGAUAAUACAGUUGAUAGAUGGCUGCAUUAUGAAUGCCUAGCUGAAUUUAAGGCUUAGUAUUUGAUUAGUUCAGCAGCAGUCUGUUUUCACAGGUGGAAGUGGAGUCUGCUUUGAUUAAAAGAAAGAACAAGUUGGCUUUCUUUUGAAUUAUUUCUUUCAAUAUUUGUUUAUUUGGAUAAAGUGAGCUGUUAUUGCUAUUUGUAAGCACAACAAUUUUUUUCAAAGCAGAUUUCUGAAUGGGUGCUUUUUGUUACAGUGUACUUUAAAACGUACCAUUCUAUGUCUCAUUAGUUCUGUAGUGUGUACUGAGUGAGUGGGCAUGGAGGAUAUGGGGUCACAUGGCAAAGUCAGGGGGAGAACUGGAGGGCUGAAGUAAUUUUGGAUAAAAUGAUAUCCCAGUGAAGCAAGGUGAGCCUUCUAAACAGCCGGCUUCCAAAGGGAUAGAUCUGACUCACCCUGCCCCAACCUCCCUAUAAUGAAAAUUGUGGUGAAUGACUCAUUUUAAAGACACCUUUUUUGAGUUGGGAAAGCUUAAUGGAAAUCUGACUCUUGGUUUCACAAAGUCUGAUAUGCAUCAAAUAAAUACUUCUCCAUAAGCAAACUACUGAAAUACUGGAAAUCUGAAAUACCUGCAAAUUCUGAAACAGCAGGUCUGACAACAUCUGCAGAUAUAGAAACGCAGUUAACAUUUCAGAUUGUGACACUUCAAUCCAACUACGAAAGUUUGAACUCUCAAACUUUGAAGUGAUAUGGGAGAAAGGUGGGAAAUUUCAAAAGACUAGGCCUAUUUACAAGAAACUAAUUAGAGAAUUCAUGCAACAACGCUGAAACAAUAGGUUAUAGGGGAAGAUAAGCACAUUCAUAGAGAAGGAACCACAUGAGAAGAAUAUGGAAUAUAACCCUGACUCCCAUUUUGUUUCCUUUAUUUUGCUAGUGUCAAAUCUCCUCUUCUUGUUUUCAGUCAUACCUCUUCACUAUCCUGCAAUUUGCCACUGAUCUGGAUCCAUCUUUUUGUUCCAUUACCACUCCCUUUGGUUCUUCCCCAGAAAUAUUUUUGGCACUCGAUCUUCUACCUUUCUACCUUAUCACAGACAUUCCUUUUUUUGGUUAUUUUCCUACUUUUCCCCGUUUCAUCUAGUAAAAGCUCUUGCAGUUGUAGGAAUUCCUAGCUCUGAUGAACGGCUAUAAUCUGAAGCAUUAACUUAGUUGCCGUUUCCACAGAUACUGCCAGACCUACUGAAUGUUUCCAAGAUUUUCUGUUUGAACGCCACAUUCAGUUGUUUGUAUCAUAAUCUUUGCUGUCAGUAGGCUAUUUUCAUUUUCAAAUACUGUUCAGUUAUACUGAACGCCAAUCCUACUUGGGAGAGGAGGACAUACAACGGAGGGUUUGAGAUGCUGACUACUCAUGGUGAAAGAUAAGUCAGUUUAUCAUGCCACAGAGUUAUAGGAACUUAGUUUGCUUAUCUUUUUAACAUUGUAUAUCCCCCGAUUUACCCACCAAGUUCCACUGGAGGCUCAUGGUCUUGCUGUCAGAUGCUGUGUUGAAUGCCUGGUAAACUGAAUCACUUCCCCCUGAUGUAGAGGAAGGCAGAAGUGGAAAUCUGUUGGGUUCUUUUUGCACCUUAGAAAUAUAUAAUGCAUGCAUUUUUCCUGCUUGCUUGCUCCCUUUAUUUAAGAAUAGUAGUUAGGAAGGAAGAUAAUAUUUAUUUAAAUUUAUGUAGAAAACUAUUUGGGUGAUUGGCAAGGGAUUAAGUAACUGGUUUCUAUUCCAUUUGCAUGCAGAGAAUUGGCUAUCUUAAUUUAUCUACCUUUAUUUCACUAGUUACAGUAAUUGUUCAGACUGUAUUGGUAGCCUGAUAUCUAUUGAGACAAGUUAACCAGUUUGGUGGCUUUCUGUCAUGAGGCAUGUUUCAAAAUACCAUAAUAAAUUUUGAUGCAACAAUAUUUAUUGCAAGAGAUACUCUCAAAUAAGUAAUCAUUAAAGUGAAAUGGUUUCUUCAGCCAAUCAACUCUACUGUCACCAAUUUCUAAUGGUAUUUUGGCUACACUUUCUGAAUUAUUUUAAAGGUGCACCCGUCUCUUCCCCAAUUUCAGUACUCGCAUUGUAAUAAGUUUUCAUGUGGGGAUACUUUCAGAAAUAUUUAACUAUUUUCACCUUCCUCUGAUUAUUAUUAUAACAUCCUAUUAAAGUUUUCUGUACCAAGCUUUACAGUUUAAAUGGGAAUGCACUCUUCGAAUGAGUACUCUGGCGUCUUUAUUAUGUUCAGUGAUUUUAAAAUUCUCUUUUCAGGAUUUCUUUGAGAUGGCUUAUAUCUCUUACAUUUCAUUGAAAUUGGCACAUGUGAAUGAUUAAAGCAGAUGAUUUUAAUGUAUCUAUUUUCUAACAUUGGUGAUUAUGUGAACUCAAACUGAUUGCUGCUGAUCAUACCUUUUACAGUCAGUAGGUGGAAUAGUCUGAAAGCAGGUUAAUUGCAGCAACUUCUCCAUUAGGAAAUUUGGAUAUUUCAAGCAAUUUCCUUGGCCUGUGUUACACUGCCAGUCUGCACGAUUCUUUUAAAUUCACAUCAUUGUAAUUAAAAAAAAAAAUCACUUACUACAAAUCAUAAACAGCACGACUGUUGAAAGAAACAAAAUUAUGUCUCGGCCACAACUUGGAAUAGAAAGUUGAUCACCGACCACUUUUCCAAUUUGAGCUUCUACCCUAUUAAAAAUGUUGUAAAGAUGAUAUGCAUCAAUAAGGAAUUCAUAUUAUUGUAUAUUAAAUGUGGCCCACGUUUAAUUGACCAGUGAGGGUGAUAUCAUACUUGAGAAAAGUUUCAAUACUGCAGUACCCUGACACUUUUGUUUACUUUCUUAAACUCCUAGCCACACAUGAUGUAUGCACUAAAUAAUUUUGAGACUGCGAUGAGGCUGCAUGAUAGAGACAGACCUAUGUUCUUGAGAGGUAAUAAAGCUGGUUGUUAUAAUUAGAAAGUAGAGCAACAAAGUUGAUUGUUAUUUUCUCUGCAUCACGUUACUGGUAACUUCUGCAAAAAUAUAUUGGUACAAAUAACUAUAGUAGACUUGUACCCAGAUAAUGUAGUUCUGUGGUUUGUACCAGUAACUGCAGAUGGUACCAGUAGUAACAAAGGUACGAAAAUACGUGCUGGCUUCGUAACACAGACAACACUGUGUGAAAUGCAGUAGAUACACAUUCUAGAUAUUGACCCAUCCCAAUGAGUACUUUGUGAUUCAGUGAUAAUUAUAGACACCAGAUACUGCAUGAAUCUGGACUAGUAGAGAUAGGAAUACCACACUGUUAAGAGAUCUUUACUGGUUUUCAAAAAAAUAGUUGGAGGGUGAUUCAUGGGGUUCACGCUACACGUUCACUGUAAGCCCACAAUAGUUCUAACUUGAGGAUUUUGAAACCUAUAUAGUCUCCUAAAUUUAGUAUAGCUAGAGAUAACAUACUGGUACCAGUAGGUACUGAAUGAAAAAUGUAGCAGAUCUAUCUAGACUGAUACAUUUUGGUACUAAUUUUUAUUUUGGUUCUUUUUGAUAGUUAAGAAAUAGUCAACGUACGCUGAAACAGGACUACCAGCAUCAUCAUGCAGUUUAGCUAAUAAUCACCUAGGUACUGAAGGCUACUAGUGUACGAAACUGAGCACUGACUACCUGUGUUAUGAUUUUAUACAGUAACCUCAAAAGCCAACUUGUGGCUAAAUGGGUAUGGCAUACACAAUAUGCAAUUUUUUUCUUGAUCUAUUUGUAGCUUAUGAGUUACUAAAUUAUUCAGUAUUGUGCUGGAAGUCUAUUUCUGGAUAAGAAUUUACAUAUCAUUUGAUAGGUACAGAAGAAAUUAUUUCGUAAAAGAAAAUUAGUAGUGGAAGGCAACGUGAAAACAAAUGAGGGCAGGUACCUGCAUAGAUGUUAAGGGAAAAAGUGUAAAUGAAGAAGUUGGUUUGAUUGGACUUUGAUAAAUAUUUUGUAUCUUUUUUUCAUAUUGAUCAGUAGCUCUCAAAAUUGUGCAUGAAAAAGAAACUUUCAUUGUCCCUUUUCUUUCCAUUAUGUUGGAAAUUAUACAUACACUAUGGAAAAGCAAGUGGGAGAUAUGGAGAGGAAUGAAGUACAAAUCUCAGUAAUCACCAGGUCAUUAUUCAUAAGUGAUUCACAAAAUUACUGUCACUGCUACAAAAAACACUUAUUAAGGGGGAAAAAAAGGAUAAUUACGAACUAUUGGCAGAGGUGGAAGUGGAGAAUUCCUUUCCACAAUUCCACACGCAGGUACCUUUCCUCAUCUCAUGCAAAGUAAAAGUUGCAUCUUCCAGACAAUAGUAUGCUGCUGUAUAAUAAAGAAAAACAAAGGUGGAACAAUUAUAUUCCUUCUGUAAAUUAAUUUGACAAAUGGACAUAGUUUUUUUGGCUGUACAGAGAAGCAGACGGUUGAUGCUCUAUAUAUUGCAGUUCCUGCACCACACAUGACAGAAGGUUUAAAAUAUCUAAUUUUAUCUUGCUGUGUCUUCCACUGUAAAUAUUGUUUAGCAGUUAAAUGUUAAUCCACCAUGUAUGUGAAUGGGAGACUGGCUUAGAGUUCUGUAUAGUGUUUAUAUUUAUCACAAAUGCUUUCCAUAGAGCUACAUGCAAUAAAAUUGUGUUCAU